UGUUCGCCAUAAUGAUAAUAAACCGUGGACACAAAGCUACAGUAAAGGCGAAUUGAGCGUUUGGCUUCGGAAACGUGGACAGUCGCCUCGGAGCAAUCCGGUCCGGACCGACGAUUCGGCGGGCACGAGCGUCCCGGUACAUUCGGUAAAACCCGGAGAAGAACCGAGCGGAACGGCGAGGCUGCGGCCAUGGCGUCGGCUUCUGCCAGCGUGGACUCCAAGGCCGAGCUGACUUCUCUGCUGGAACAGUGGGAGAGGGAGCAACAGGGCGGCACCCAGGAGCUGGUCGGCAUUCUCACAAAAAUCUCAGAGCUGGUUGAGAAGGAGACGGAGGAGUACCACAAAGCGGACCCCGACCCUUUUGAUGACCGACACCCAGGGAGAGCCGACCCAGAGUGCGUGUUGGGUCACCUGCUCAAGAUCCUGUUCAAGAACGAUGACUUCAUGAACACGUUGGUGAAUAGCUACGUGAUGACCAGCAGAGAGUUUCCCCUCAACGCGUCCGCUUGUCGCCUGCUCCAGAACAUCAUGCCCGGGCUGGAGACGGCCGUGGUCUUCCAGGAAAAGGAGGGCAUCGUUGAACGGCUGUUCAAGUGGGCCCAGGAGGCCGAGCAGCCCCUCCGAAUCUACGCCACGGGCCUGUUGGCCGGCGCCAUGGAGAACCAGGACAUCGCCGCCAACUACAGGGAGGAGAACUCCGUUCUGGUGCCGUUGAUGCUGCAUCGGAUGCGCGAGCUUCAGGAUAAGGAUGCCGAGAACAAGCGCGACAUCAAGCGCCCGAGCCCCAGGAAGUGUCUGAGCGAGCCGCUGCUGCCGCUGGACGAGGAGACCGUGGACGGCGGCGGCUUCGAGGAGACGCCCUUCACGCCGGGGAGGAACGGAGCGGAGAGGGAGGAGGCGGAGGACGGCGUCGACGACGUUCCCUUCUCGACCGCCGAGCCCGAAAACGAGCUCUCGUUCCGACUCAACUCCCCCCACAAGGCCGGCGGCCGGGCCAACAACUCGGCCGUCAAAACCAUGAUGAAGCCCAUGUCCGCCCCGGGCGCCCUGACGCACCAGGGCGCGCCGGACGGCGGCGGCGGUAGCAGCUACCUCAAGAGGAAGGCGGAGAGGGAGAGCGGCAGGACCUUGAAGCAGAAGCUCAAUUUCUCUCUGCCGGACCCCGACAGGAACUUCAGCGAGCUGUCCAACAGCAGCUGGUCCGAGACCAGCCCCUGGGUGAUCGGCAACAAUUAUCACCUGUUCCCGCUGACCCCGGAGAUCGAGCAGAGGCUCAUCCUGCAGUACCUCACGCCUCUGGGAGAGUAUCAGGAGCUGCUGGCGGUCUUCAUGCAGAUGGGGGCUCGUGAGCUGCUCAUGCAUUACAUGGACCUGAAGCAGACCAACGACGUGCAGCUCACCUUUGAGGCUCUCAAGUACCUGGCGUCUCUGCUACUGCACAAGAAGUUCGCUGCAGAGUUCGUGGCUCACGGCGGCGUCCAGAAGCUGCUGGAGAUCCCGCGGCCGUCCAUGGCGGCCACCGGCGUGUCGCUGUGCCUGUACUACCUCGCCUACAACCAGGACGCCAUGGAGCGGGUGUGCAUGCUGCCCCACUCCAUCCUGUCGGACGUGGUCGGCUACACGCUGUGGCUGCUGGAGUGCUCGCACGCGUCCGGCUGCUGCCACGCCACCAUGUUCUUCUCCAUCUCCUUCUCCUUCCGCGCCGUGCUGGAGCUCUUUGACCGGCAGGACGGGCUGCGGCGCCUCGUCAACCUGAUCAGCACCCUGGAGAUCCUGAACCCCGAGGACCAGGGAGCGCUGCUGAGCGACGACGAGAUCUUCUCCAGCAGGCAGACGGCCAAGCACACCUGCAUGGCCCUGCGCAGGUACUUCGAGGCGCACCUGGCCAUCAAGGUGGAGCAGGUGAAGCAGUCCCUGCAGCGCACAGAGGGGGGCGCCCCCAUUCACUCCCAACCAUACUAUAAGGCGGUCGGCUACAGCCGCGAGCAGGUGGUGGAGAUGAUGGAGUUUCUGAUCGAGUACGGUCCACUCCGGCUGUACUGGGAGCCGGCGGAGGUCUUCCACAAGCUGUCGUGCGUCCAGCUCCUCCUGCAGCUCAUUUCCAUCGCCUGCGACUGGAGGACCUACUACGGCAGGAGCGAUACAGUGCGCUACGCUCUGGACAUCCUGAGCAUCCUCACGGUGGUUCCAAAGACCCAGCUGCUGUUGUCGGAGGCCGUCGCCGUGCUCGACGAGGGCGGAUCCUCCGUUUCCACCGUCGGAAUGAGCAUCGUCCUGGCAGUGGCAGAGGGAGAGGUAUUCGUGAACGAUGCCGACAUCCAGAAGUCGGCGCUGCAGGUCGUCAUCAACUGCGUCUGCGCGCCGGACAAACGCAUGUCCAGCAUCGGCAAGUUCAUCGCCGGCACCCCCCGCCGCCGCCUGCCUCAGCACAGCAAAGCCAGCGAGAGCGUGCUCACCAAGAUGUGGAACGUGGUGCAGUCCAACAACGGCAUCAAGGUGCUGCUGUCCCUGCUGACGGUGAAGAUGCCGAUAACCGACGCGGACCAGAUCCGCGCCCUGGCCUGCAAGGCCCUGGUGGGUCUGUCUCGCUCCACCUCGGUGCGGCAGAUCAUCAGCAAGCUGCCGCUGUUCAGCAGCGGCCACAUCCAGCAGCUGAUGAAGGAGCCCGUGCUGCAGGACAAGCGCAGCGAGCACGUCAAGUUCUGCAAGUUCGCGGCGGAGCUCAUCGAGCGCAUCUCCGGCAAGCCGCUGCUGAUCGGCACCGACGUGUCGCUGGCGUGGCUGCAGCGGGCGAGCGUGGUCGCCAAGUCGCGCAUCUCCUUCCCCGAGAAGGAGCUGCUGCUGCUCAUCCGCAACCACCUGGUGGCCAAGGGCCUCCACGACACGGCCGGCGCCCUCACCAAGGAGGCGGAGCUCCCGAUGGCGUGUCCGUCUCUCGUCACCGCCGCCCCGUCGUUCCCCACCGUCCCCCCUCCCCCGCCGAUCGCCUCGUCCCCCGUCGCCACGCUGCCCCGCACGCCGCGGCUGGCGAACGGCGUGGCGUCGCGGCUCGCCGCCCUGGCGUCCAGCCCGGGAUCCUCCGGCAAUCCGCAAUCGCGCCCCUCCACGUCGUCGCAGCCCGCCGCCGCUUCCAGCGCUUCAGCCGGUGCCGCCGCCGCUUUCCCCUCCACGUCCGCCACCAACGGCUCCCCGCUCAUCGGGCGCAUCAUCUUCUCCCGCGAGCGGCUGGCCGCGUGCGCCGCCGCCGCUGCGGCGGCGAGCUGCAAGAAGCCCCGCGUGCUGCGGCAGAAGUCUGACCACGGCGCCUUCAGCCAGAGUCCCGCCAUGAAGAAGCAGUUCGACCGGCACCUGCCGUCGCCGCCGGCGUUGGACAACAUCAUCACGGAGUACCUGAGGGAGCAGCACGCGCGCUGUAAAAACCCCGUGGCCACGUGCCCGCCGUUCUCCCUCUUCACGCCGCACCAGUGCCCCGAGCCCAAACAGAGGCGCCAGGCGCCCGUCAACUUCACGUCCCGCCACACGCGGAGGGUCAUAUACCCGAAAUACGGCGGCGUGGACGGCGGCUGCUUCGACAGGCAUCUCAUCUUCAGCAGGUUCCGCCCCAUCUCCGUGUUCCGGGAGGCCGAGGAGGACGAGAGCGGCUUCAUGUGCUGCGCCUUCUCGGCCCGCGAGCGCUUCCUGAUGCUCGGCACGUGCACGGGGCAGCUCAAGCUCUACAACGUGUUCACGGGCCAGGAGGAGGCCAGCUACAGCUGCCACAGCUCGGCCAUCACGCACCUGGAGCCCUCGCGGGACGGCUCGCUGCUCCUCACGUCGGCCUCUUGGAGCUUCCCGCUGUCCGCGCUGUGGGGCAUGAAGUCGGUCUUCAUCAUGAAGCAUUCUUUUCUGGGCGACCAUUACGUGGAGUUCAGCAAGCUCUCGCAGGAUCGCGUCAUCGGCACCAAGGAGCACAUAGCGCGGAUUUAUGACAUCCAAACGGGUCAGGUAACUCUGACCCUGAACAACCCCGACCUGGCCAACAACUACAAGAGGAACUGCGCCACCUUCAACCCGACGGACGACCUGGUGCUGAACGACGGCGUGCUGUGGGACGUGCGCACGGCUCAGGCCAUCCACAAGUUUGACAAGUUCAACAUGAACAUCAGCGGCGUGUUCCACCCCAACGGCCUGGAGGUCAUCGUGAACACGGAGAUCUGGGACCUGAGGACCUUCCACCUGCUGCACACGGUGCCGGCUCUGGACCAGUGCCGCAUCGUCUUCAACAACAACGGCACCGUCAUCUACGGAGCGAUGCUUCAGGCCGACGACGAAGACGACAUGAUGGAGAUGCAGAUGAAGAGUCCGUUCGGCUCGUCGUUCAGGACCUUCAACGCCACGGGCUACAAGCCAAUCGCCACUAUUGAUGUGAAGAGGAACAUCUUUGACCUUUGCACUGAUACCAAAGACUGCUACCUCGCUGUGAUCGAGAACCAGGACUCGGUGAACACCGACACGGUGUGCCGGCUGUACGAAGUCGGCCGGCAGAGACUAGCGGAGGAAGAGGAGGAGGACGAGGAGGAUCAGGAGGACGACGACCAGGAGGACGAUGACGACGACGAGGAUUCGGACGACGACGUCGACGACACGGAUCCCCUCGUCGCCGAGCUGGAGGACGAGGAGGAGGAAGAGGAGGAGGACGACGGGAACGACGAGUUCUCGCCCUCCGACGAGGAGGUGUCGCGCCUCCUCGGGGGCGGCGGCGACGACGACUCCGAUAACGGCGGCGGCGGCGGCAAUCGGACCUUCCUCUACGACAGCUCCGACAACUCUGACCUUGAGGACGACAUCAUCUUGUCCCUGAACCAGUGAGGAGCCACCGGGACCCGAGAGGAGGAACCGGCCCACGCGUGGAGACGUCUGAGCUGCAGGAGAGAGGGAGAGAGAGAGAGAGAGAGAGAGAGAAGCGUCAGCAGAUGAGGUGGGAGGAAACUUGGAGCGCUGCCAGUUUGAAGCGGAGACGGAGGAAGAACGAUCUCGUACAGAUUUGCACAUGAUUUGACUGACUGGGCGAAAAUAAGAUUGUAAACGCUUUUUAGUUUUAUAAAAAAAGGAAUAUAUUAAAAAAAAGAAAACAGCGUGAGGCGUUUGACGAGAGAGAGAGAUUGUUCGGUGAAGAAAAGUUUUAUAUUCACAGUUACGGCUUUUCCCCGUUUUCUUUCUCGUUUUUUAAGCCUCUUCAUUCGGUUCUGUGAACGCCUCCGACCUCACGGGGUUCUGCGGCUCUCAGGCCUUCGCGGCUUCUUCUUUUCUUUUUUCGACCGAGAGAACUGAGCGAAGCGUCUGAAUCUGAAAAGUCACACACACACAUAUAUUACACACACACACACACACACAUAUUACACA